AACACACUGUCCGUGUCAUAUGAUCGUCAUUAAGUGAAGACACCUUCGUCAGUAGGCGUUGACUCCUUGAAAAAUUCGAUUCGGAAUCGACUCCGAAAAUAAUUGAGAAAAUCUUAAUUACAAAGAAGAAGAGAAAUAUUAGACCUUCAAAAUGGCAUUAAGCGAUGCAGAUGUACAGAAACAGAUUAACCAUAUGAUGGCCUUCAUUGAACAAGAGGCCAAUGAAAAAGCAGAAGAAAUUGAUGCCAAAGCAGAAGAAGAAUUUAAUAUUGAGAAAGGUCGUUUAGUGCAACAACAAAGAUUAAAAAUUAUGGAAUACUAUGAGAAAAAAGAGAAACAAGUUGAACUGCAAAAGAAAAUUCAGUCAUCAAAUAUGCUGAACCAGGCUCGCUUGAAAGUUCUGAAAGUAAGAGAAGAUCAUGUACGCAAUGUCCUUGAUGAAGCUAGGAAGAAAUUAGGAGAAGUAACUAAAGAUGGACGUUAUAGGGACAUUUUGAAGUUAUUAAUUGUGCAAGGCUUAUAUCAGCUGACAGAAGCCCAUGUGACUGUUCGUGUACGUCAAGUGGAUAUUCCCUUGGUGGAAUCACUUAUUGACUCUAUUCAAGAUACAUAUAAACAAUCAACGCGAAAAGAUGUAGUAAUUAAAAUUGAUCAAGAUAAUUUCCUUCCGCCUGAUAGUUGCGGAGGUGUUGACUUAUUUGCAGCGAAAGGACGUAUAAAAGUCAGUAACUCUUUGGAAACACGAUUAGAAUUAAUUGCACAACAACUGGUACCAGAAAUACGCUGUUCCCUCUUUGGAAGCAAUCCCAAUCGCAAGUUCACCGAUUAAAAAACCGCCUAUCUCAUUUUCUCUUUUCUCUUCCUUUUAUUCUUUUUUCCUUCCUAACAAAAACAUUCCCUUCGUUAGAAUGCUAAAAUAACUGCAGAAUUCGUUGUAUAGAAAAUGUAGAAUCUGUUAUUGACAUUAUUGGAAAAAGAAAAAAAGUGAAAUUGUGAAUUAUAUAAAAUUAUGCGCGUGCGAGCGCGUGCAUGCACAUAUAUAAAUAUACAUAUAUAUAUAUAUACACACACACAUAUAUAUAUAUAUAUAUGUAUAUAUACAUAUAAUAUAAAUAUAAUACACAUAUGCCUAUAAAGUAUUUUAAUGUGAAUGAACUUGUACAUUUUUUAAGAUUUUCCUUUAGAAGAAAUUUCCUUUACUUCAAUUAAUUUUAUUUUUAUAAUGUAGAAAUGUAGCAAUUGUUAACUGUUGUGGUGAGUAUAAUUGAUCUUAGAA